GGCGGGUGGCGCGCGGCUGCAGCUGGAGCUCCAGCGCCGGAGUUGGAGUUGCCGGGAGUUUCCCCCUUCACCCCUCCCUCUGCGCGCGCGGCAGCAGGAGCCCGCGCGGGAGCAGCAAGCAGCACCAAGCCCGCACCCCGGCCGCCGAGCCCUGUCCGGAGACCGGAGCCCCGUGCGGAGCAGCCUCCGGGAGGAGCCUCGCGGGCUGGGACGCGUGCCGCGCACUGGCACCACCGGGGCACUUGUCCGGCCGCACGAAAAUUCACUGUGUGCCCUCCUUGCUGGUUCUACAAUGAGUGCCAAAUCUGCCAUCAGCAAGGAAAUUUUUGCACCUCUUGAUGAAAGGAUGCUGGGAGCUGUCCAAGUCAAGAGGAGGACAAAGAAAAAGAUUCCUUUCUUGGCAACUGGGGGUCAAGGCGAAUAUUUAACUUAUAUCUGUCUGUCAGUGACAAACAAGAAACCCACACAGGCAUCUAUCACAAAGGUCAAGCAGUUUGAAGGUUCCACAUCAUUCGUUCGGAGAUCACAGUGGAUGCUUGAGCAGCUUCGCCAAGUUAAUGGUAUUGAUCCUAAUCGGGAUUCUGCAGAAUUCGAUUUGUUGUUUGAAAAUGCUUUUGACCAGUGGGUAGCCAGCACAGCCUCAGAGAAGUGCACCUUCUUCCAGAUCCUCCACCACACUUGCCAGAGGUACCUCACAGACAGGAAGCCAGAGUUUAUUAACUGCCAAUCCAAAAUUAUGGGAGGAAACAGCAUCCUCCAUUCAGCUGCUGAUAGUGUGACCAGCGCUGUACAGAAGGCAAGCCAGGCCUUGAAUGAGCGUGGAGAACGGUUAGGCCGAGCGGAGGAGAAGACAGAAGACAUGAAAAACAGCGCCCAGCAGUUUGCAGAAACUGCACACAAGCUUGCCAUGAAGCACAAAUGUUGAAAAACUGCCUAUCCUGGUGACCCUCUUAAGAGAAAUGGAAGAGUUGUUCAGCAGUUUUUACAAGAAUUCUGGACCUCCAGUUGCUUCUUUUUUCCCCAAUAUAUGGACACUUAGGGUUUUUUGUUUUGUUUUGUUUUUCAUUUUCAGGUGUUAAUAUGGAUGAAAAGGUGUUGUGUUUAUACAUUUCCCUAAUAAUCUUGCUAAAAAAUGCCUCAGUAGCAUCAACUUCAUUUUAAUUUUGCCCGUGUGUGUGUGUGUGUGUGUGUGUGUGUGUUUGUAUGUUUUCCUUUUUAAGAAGAAAAUUUUUUGAAGUUUGGAUAUAAAAUUUGGACUGAAUGAUAAACUGAGCUGGGUCUAAACUGUCAAUGUGUAUUUUUUUUCUCCCUAAUAUUAAGCAAGAAGACAUUUCAAUGUGGUGACAUCAGAUGUUAUUGUUGCUGGAUGAAAAUAAAAGUCAAGCAGCAAUUGGUUUUACUCACAGUCCUAGAACUCUUAAGUUGAAGAGUAAAAUUAGAUUUCUGUAUCCUGAGAUAUAAAUCUGUAUUAUGAAAAACACUUGGCUUUAUCAUCGGAAAUAGCAGUCUUAGAUUUUACUUUUUGCAUAUUAAUCUUUUGCAUGCACCAUUACCAGUAUUCAAAAAACAAAUCAGAAUCACAAAUAGAAAUCUACUUUCUGAGCUGCAACUUAACUACUUCUGCUACUUCUUUCCAGGCUGAUGAUUUGGAAUUAUCAUACAAAGGAUAAAACCUUGACAGUUAAGACCUAAGGAAAAGCCUGCUUUUAAAACCUGUGUCUUCAAGGAUGUUUCUCUUUUGUCAUUGUCCCAAAUUACCAUAGCUGGUAUUGGAAUGAGCUUGGAUUUUUAUCAAAAAUUGAUUUGUCUAGAUAAAAUGUCUAUGUGAAAAGAUAUUGCAUUUAAAAUCCUUUUUCUUUUUUUUUUCAAAGCCAUGCCCACUUUAGAGGCACCCUCAGAAUGUCCUUGGGAAAGGGCCUUCAGUUCCUUGGUAUCUGGCUUUUGGAGGUUUGCAUGUUGUUCUCGCUGUCUGUUUAAUGCAAUUUAACAUGUGUGUUUCUUGACAAAUUGCAUAAGAUAACAAUUGUAUCUUGCCUGAAUUGACCCAUGAGUUUUGCCAUAAAGCCUUUAUGUUGCUGCCAGAUUGAAUAGAGUUGGUCACACACCUUUUGUUUGUGUGUUGCUCAAGAUGGUACUACAUUUUCAGUCUGGAAGCUUUGUUUCCAAGAAGAUUAAAAUACUAAACAUAAAAAGCUGUCCUUAUUCCUCAUGAAGCAAGGAGGCAAAGCUCCACAUCUCACAUCUCACAUCUCACAUCUCAGACACACUGUCAGCCUCUCACUCCAGUACAUUGAUUUUUAAGCUGCCCGAGUCUUCAGGACCCUUCCUGUUCCUUCCUAUCCAUUGAGCCAGUGGAGUCUCUGUGUAUUACAAUCUCUUAUAUAGCAGCAUAGGAUGACUUUUGGAUGAUUAAUGUUGACUUAAAUAGCUUAAGUUCUCCUGAUAAAGCAUUCCUUGGGAGAUAGAAAGUUUGUCUGUUGGAAAAUAAAAAUCAUAGGUAGUACAUGUCAAAAAGGAAAUGGAUUUGCUGAAGACAAAUUUCUUAAUCCUCUUAGAAAGAUGAUUCAAUUCAAGAAAAUUCUAUAAAAUUUAUAUAGUAAACUAUGAAAGCUUACUAUAAUAUUUUUACUUUUCUUUUGGUCUCUUAAAAGUUUAAAGAAGCAUGGAACAUGCCAUUUUAUGAGUGCCAUUAGAAGCAUUUAAAAUUUCUAAGAAAAUCCCCAAAUAUCCACAUAGAUUUUGAUGGCAGACUUCAGUUCAGAAAACACACAGCAAACACACACAGUUAUAUAUAUUCAUCUUCUCAAAUUAGAUUCUGGUUUCCAAGAUAGAUAGGUGGUAUAAAUAAUUGAAAGAGUAAAUCUAAAACCCCUGACAGUUGGCCAAACUCAAGAAUAAAAUUGGUUGCCAACUAUCUAACAACAGUGUUUGGGAAGCUGCUUCUAAAUUAGCAGAGGAUGAGGUCAUAAGCAUACUGUGAAAUCUGAGGUUUUCCUCCUUGGUAGAAUUCUAAUAUUUACUUUUCAAAAGGGUAAGUAUUCCAUAUCUUACCCUAUUUCCUCACUCUCUGUUUAUCCUUUUAAACCUAAAUCUUAUUGGAAAUAGCCUGAAUUAGAAGAAAGCACAUGUGAAUCUUUAUUAGCUUCCUCUGCUAAUUAGUUUCCAGUCAAUGGUCAUGUCCUUGACCUCCCUGUAUCAAAGUCCUACUUGGCCUCCUCCAAAUAGAGGCUAUAAUUCCUAUCCCUCUUCUACCUUUCAGCCUCUGGAAGAGGAUCCCUGUGAUAACACGUGUGAAGUUCUUUGCUAUCCUUUUGUAGAAGGUGCUGCAACACAAAAUAUUGAUUCAAUUUAACCUAGAGAAAAUUGCUAAAAUGACUCAUAUCCUUUGGGACCAAACACAUUUGGUUGAGCUUGCUACACUAUAUUAUUUUUUGUUUCAUUUCAGCACUUCACUGUGAAUUUUUGUGAAGGACUUCUCUAAUUGUAUUGCCACAAUACAGGAAAGAAUCUUUUCAGUGUUACCACUUCUCUCUGGAACAUAGGAGUAGUAUUCUUCACUAGUAUUAUUAGAUAUCUGUGUACAGGAAGUAUGCAGUUAUUCAGGAUAGUGUUUCAUUUUAAAGAAUGUAUCUGUAAAAUGUAACAAGAUCAGUAGUUAACAAUUUUUAAGCUCUGCAAAAAUUAAGAUUAUGUGUUAGACUUAAAAUUAUAGUGAAAUCUGUCAAUACUAUUGUGGCUAGGAGAGGUUGUGCAUUUAUGUAAAAAUAUUUAAAGAAUGCCCUAAAAAAGGGAUAUUAAAGAUAGGUUUCACUUGUAAUUUUCAGAAUUGUAACGCUGCUAAUGUCUGUUGUACAGUUAUCAAUUCUUCAGAAGUUCUCUAAGAUAAUUGUUGUUUCAUUCAGAGACCAGUAACACCUGCUCUGUUGAUUCACUACUACAGCAAACUUUAAUUUUGUCAUUAAAUAUUUUAAUUCUGUGGUGAAA